CGCGGCAUGGGCAAGAAGAGGGCGGCAGGGCUGGGCCGGGCGCUCAUCCGGGACCGCGGCCAGGCCCGGGGGGGCCGCCACGCCGCAGCCGGAUGGCUCCACACCAGCGAGUUGAACGACGGCUAUGACUGGAGCCGCCUCAGUGCCCAGUCCGUCACUGAGCAGAACUCGCUGGAGGAGUUCCUGGCCACGGCUGAGCUGGCCGGCACCGAAUUUGCGGCUGAAAAACUGAAUAUCAGGCUCGUUCCUGCUGAGGCUCGGACUGGCCUGCUGACAGCCAAAGAGACCGAACAGAUCCAUGAGCAACAUGAGCAGAACAAGCAGUUCUUGUGCAUCCCGCGGCGGCCAUAUUGGGACAAGCAAACCAGCUCUGAAUUGUUAAACCAAGCAGAAAGGGAGAGUUUUCUGGAGUGGAGGCGGCAGCUUGUGCGUUUAGAGGAAGAACAGAAGCUCAUUUUGACUCCUUUUGAACGAAAUCUGGAUUUUUGGCGGCAGCUUUGGCGAGUCCUUGAAAGAAGCGACGUGGUAGUGCAGAUAGUGGACGCCAGGAAUCCCCUCCUGUUCAGAUGUCCCGAUUUGGAGCGUUAUGUGAAAGAGCUCUGCCCUGAGAAGGAGAACCUGCUUCUGCUCAACAAGGCUGACUUCCUGAGCGAGGAGCAGCGAUCAGCCUGGGCCCGCUUCUUUGAGGGCGAAGGGGUGAAGGUGGUCUUCUGGUCAGCCUUGGAGGAGGCGAGGCGGCUGGCGCUGGACUCCAAGGCUUCGGAGGUGCCUGACCUGGAUGCUGAGCGUGCCAGCCAGGAGGGACAGCGACCCCCCCAAAGGAGGCCUGGCUCUCCUUUGUGGCUGCCUGGGAGGGGAGAGCAGGAGAGCAGCCCGGAGGAUGACAGCGAUGAGUACGAGGAUUGCGAGGAGGAGGCCUGGCUGACUUGCUCGGAGGAGGAGGAGGAGGAAGAGGGCAGGACCUCAGCAGGGCCCUUCCAGGAAAGCAGGAGCAGCAGUGCCGAGGCCCCGAGGCCAGGGCCCCAAGAGAGCCAGGCCCUGCACAACAGCAGCCACCUUGUCCGAAGGGAGGAACUCCUGGACACACUCAGAACUGUCCACACCGGCAAGAAGACCAAAGAGGGGGAAGUCACCAUUGGGCUGGUGGGUUAUCCCAAUGUUGGAAAGAGUUCAACAAUCAACACCAUCCUGGGACGGAAAAAGGUGUCAGUGUCUGCCACACCAGGUCACACAAAGCAUUUUCAGACGCUGUACGUGGAGCCGGGGCUCUGCCUGUGUGACUGCCCCGGGCUAGUCCUGCCUUCCUUUGUCACCACCAAGGCAGAAAUGGUUUGUAGCGGCAUCUUGCCCAUAGACCAGAUGCGGGAUCACGUCCCUCCGGUGUCUCUUGUUUGCCAGCGGAUCCCACGACACGUCUUGGAGGCAACCUACGGAAUCAACAUUGUCCGGCCUCGGGAGGACGAGGCGCCUAAUCGGCAGCCGACGUCGGAGGAGCUCCUUUCGGCCUACGGAUGCAUGAGAGGGUUCAUGACGGAUCACGGGCAGCCAGACCAGCCCCGCUCAGCCCGCUACGUGCUGAAGGACUUUGUUGCCGGCAAGCUGCUCUAUUGCCACCCUCCUCCUGGAACUGACCCCGAAGCCUUCCAGUUCUGUCACAGAAGAGCUGCUCCAAGCAGAGGGGGGCAGCCCCGAGCAGAGAUGCCAGCGAGCCGGAACAUGAAGGCCAAGCAGAUUGAAAACAUGGUGGACAGGACCUUUUUCCAUCAGGAGAACGUCCGCGCCCUGACCCGGGGGAUCCAGGCUUUAGUGGGCUUCGCAGCGGGCCCGGCCACCCCAGGGCCCCUGGCCUCCCGCUCUGAGGCAAGCCAAGGCAAACCCUGGAAGAAGCACGGCAACAGAAACAAGAAGGAGAAAGUCCGCCGGGUCACGAAGCACCUGAAUGCGUAACGGACGCUGGAGCUGGGCUGCGGGCCUUUGGAGGGGAGGGAGGGGGAGGAGGAGGAGCUCGGCGUUGGUCGUUUGGCGCCCAGCCUGUGCUUCGCUCUCGUCUCCGCUGUGGGGCUGCAGUCGGCUGUGGGGUCAGGCCAGCUGCUGCGUGUGAAGCGUCGGCUGUGUCUGGGGCAAGCCCUGGGAGCUGCUCAGACAUCCCUCUGGCUUGUGCUUUGAGUCCCUUCCAGGGAAGCACCUCACAGCAGGUUAUUCUUUUGAAAUAAAUGUUUCUUGUCUUUUCAUUGUCUUUGGCAAUGGCAGCAGCCGAAACUCCGUCACUGGUGCUGUGCUCCUUGGCCCCCGGCUGGCCCUGUUUGCAGUCCCCCUCCCUUGCUCCGGGGGGCUUCCUGCAGCUUGCCCUUUUUCCGGAGAUGGAAUACGGGGUGAGGGUUGCAGCCACGCAGUGACUCCCCCCUCUGAUGCCGGCAGCCGCGGAUACUCCCAAGCUGGGGCAGGGGGCGGGGCCUGCUGGUUCCUCUUGCUCGCUCGGUCGCAGCAGCCUCCGCCUGGCGAGCCACUGUAGAAAACGCGCUCUUUCCCCACGGGGUUGCUUUUCGUGUGGGGAUCAGAAACAAGCGCUCAGAAGCUGGAAGGGGAGCCUUCGCUUCCAGAGCAGCGACGCCACCACCAGCGUCUUUGAGUGGCCUUCGGCUCGCGACCAAGAGGCCAGUCCCAAGCCCCGCAGGCUUAAGCGAAGCAGAAGCCAGUCCUGCAGAGCGGGACGCUUUACAGACCGGGUCCAGGGAACAGUUCCUUGGGCAGCGAGAGCACGGUGGUCAGGGUGCGAGACGCCGAUGGAAGUGUUGCAAACCCAGAUCGCUCCACACACUUAUCAUUAAUAAAGUUUAUUAAAAGAA